AUGUUCCCGGGAAAAUUAUCGAAACUGGCUGAAAUUCCUAACAGCCGAUCGAUUAAUCAUUGUUUUACCAGGAACCAAACAGAGGGUUCGAACGGUUCUGUAACUGAUUUAUUUAUUGUUAUUUGUGGUGAUGAAUUUCAGGCGGACGUUGAGACCGAUGUUGCUGCAGCAGGACAGCCAAAGAAGAGAACAUUCAAGAAGUUCAGUUUCAGAGGAGUUGAUUUGGAUGCUCUUUUGGACAUGUCUACUGAUGAGCUUGUCAAGCUCUUUCCGGCACGUGCUCGCAGAAGGUUUCAGAGGGGCUUGAAGAGGAAACCAAUGGCACUUAUCAAGAAGCUGCGCAAGGCGAAAAGGGAGGCUCCACCUGGUGAGAAACCAGAACCAGUUAGGACUCACCUUCGCAACAUGAUCAUAGUACCUGAAAUGAUUGGCAGUGUCAUCGGUGUUUACAAUGGCAAAACUUUUAACCAAGUUGAAAUCAAGCCUGAAAUGAUAAGCCAUUAUCUAGCUGAGUUCUCGAUCUCCUACAAGCCUGUUAAGCAUGGAAGACCUGGUAUCGGUGCUACCCACUCUUCUAGGUUUAUUCCCCUCAAGUGA